AUGUGGAGUGCAGGUAAGCCAUAUACAAGGAAGCGCAAGAGAUUCACAAACAGUCUCUCGCCGGGUCGCAACCUGUCAAGCUCUGCGGCCUCAAGUCAACCACGGGGAUCUCAAAUACCCGCUGACUCAGAUGGAGACGCGCCAUUGACCUCGCUGAGCAGGCCUCAACGAGAUGGAGAUGAUCGCGGUGCGCCAAAUGUAUCUAAUCAUGGCGAACCAUCUAUCAAGCAAGAGAGCUAUCGUGGGCGCAGCGAAUACAUCGGCGGUAGCGUCCCGUUUGAUGAAAAUAUGGUCAAACCCGGUCGCGAGACUACAUACACCAACCCCAAGGCAUCGGCGAUCGAUUUGCAGAUGCUCCGUGACCAGAAUGCCUUUGAACUUCCACCGGUGUCUGUUCAGAAGGAAUUGAUGGCUAGUUUCAACACACAUUGCGCGCCUUGGACGCCGGUCGUUGAUCCCAGGUGGGUGGAAGACGGCGCGCCAUCAAUGCUACUCUUGCAGGCAAUAUUCCUCGCCGGUAGCCGGGUGUCCAAAGCGCAUUUGGAUUAUGGAUCCAGUGAGGUGUUCUAUCGGCGAGCAAAGCUGCUUUUCUUCUUUGGCGGAUGUGACGAUCCUCUGAUCUCCAUUGUCGCUGCUUGCCUCUUGCAUUGGUAUAAUCCGGUUGGACCAGAGGACGUCUCGACAGACACGAGUGGCUUUUGGAUUCGAACGGCUGGGGCGAUGGCCUUUCAGAUUGGGCUGCAUAAGGAGCCACCGUCGAACUCCCGUGAUCGGGGCCUAAGGCGAAGGUUGUGGUGGUCUCUAGUGGUGCGUGAUAAUAUUAUUUCCGUUGGUGUUGGCCGACCACGGACCAUCAACCUGCGCGAUAGCGACGUGUUACCACCCUCGCUCAAUGAUUUCCCCGCGAACAACUUCAAAUCCCAGCUUUUCCUUGGGUACUGUACAAUAGCCCGACUUCUAGGUGAUACCGUCGAGUCCCACUUGCGGCAAGAAAUCACCCGUCAACGGCAGACAGAUCUUGAAAAUGCCGUCUACAGAUGGGCGAAACAGGUCAUUCCGAAACUGCAGUCUGCCGUCCCAUCCCAGGAAGAUGCGGUCAUUUGCAAUCUCGAAGUCCAGCAGCUGCUGGUCAUGUACUUUGUGGUUCUCACCAUCCUCCAUCGCUCACCCACACCGGGAGGCUCCCCACCCGCCGCAGCACUAGUUGCAUCAUCCUUCAUCGCCGGUAUCUACGAGGAAUUCCUACUUCGGGACGAGCUCCGCUAUCUCGGACCUGUCUUCGCAUUCUAUCCAUUAUGCGCCGGUCUAUCUCUUCUUUCCAGCAGCCGAUACACACAUCUACAGAGUACAGCCGAGCACGAAUUGACCGUGAUGAAGUUAUGCCUCCAAAAAUUAUCCGAAAGAUGGCUUUCGGCAGUCGGGCCUCUGCGUGCCUUGAACAAAUUGACCGAGAAGGUCCGAGAACAGGGCCCAUUCGAAGGUACGCCACCCAAGCUUGACGCAGAUGCCACUUCAUUCUUUGAAGGAUUUGAAACAAGAUUGUGCAAGCAAUGGCAAGUACUUGGUCAUUCGCUGGAGCCUUUGAGUGCGAACGCUAGUGUUGCGCCGACGUGUAAUUUGGCGGACAUUCAAGACCCAAGUGAUGCCCUUCGGUCUCUGGAUACACCCUCUGCACAACAGGAGUAUGACUUUGCGUCACUUGAUGUUAGUCUAGACCCGUUCAGCAACAACUGGGAAGGGGCUGGGCUUGACUGGAGUAGUGCCUGGCUGCUCAAUGUAUAA